AUGUCGCUUAAUGUCCCAUGUCUUGACCUUGUUCUCUAUAACGGAAACGAACCCAGAGGUUUUGAGCUGGGGUUUGACAGGCUGCUCCCCCACCGCAAGUACAACCUCAGCACUGGCGACUUUAUUACUGCGGAUAAGGCUGGAAGGGCAACUUACAAGGCAAAGAUCGAUGGACGCACGCAAAUCAUUCUUGCCCCGGUUGUUUAA